AUGGGCACCGGUCCUGCCUCGUCGCAGGCUCAAGCAAAUGGCCCCUCCGAGCCUGCUGCCGACGGCCUAUUUAGCUUCACACCCAUCAAAGCCCUACGGGCAAUUCCCCAUUUGUGGGAACGCAAACCAUCUACUCCCUUCCAGACAGGAGCCAAGUCGCGAAAAUUGUGGAAGCGGGUUCGCUCGUCGCUCACAAGUAUGAAGUCGCUCGAGACAUCAACCAUGCUGGAACAUGACGCGUUUCAAACUGCAAUCAAUACAUCCAGAGAUGCUGGCUAUGCGCGAGGCGUGAAGCGUCUUUGCGUCGGGGCUGGCGAACCCGAAAAGCGCCCGAACUUUCAGAUGCAGGAGCCCUCUCGCUCGUUCUUCGAGACCAAGUGGGAGUCAGAGGCAAGCCAGAAGCGCCGUAAAUUGCCGGAUGCCCCUAUCAAUAUCUUCGACGAGACCUUACAAAACAACGACAGCGAUCUUGCUAUGACUGGGUCGCCUCGACCCCUUAAUUCUCUCUGCAGUCCAUCGAAGACGACUGUUUUCAAUGACCACAAGCUUCAAAUUCUGGAUGGUGCCUCUGACGCAAUUGAAAUCGGAGACCCAGUAUCUGGAUCCGUGGCCCGGGAGCAAGGCGCAAUGACCACCAGCGCAGCCACUGAUGGAGAUAGGAAUAUGGCGCCGACCCCCACAAAAGUCGUACGUGAUUUAACUCAGCAAAAGAAAGGCACGUUGGUGCGUUCAGCUCUACGAAGCUCGCUUGAUGGAUCGGAUGCGGAGCUACUUAACGAUUUCUUGUCGAAGGCCCAGGCCAAGCGCGCGGCCAAGGCCGCCUUGAUGGACCAAGAAGGCGAUGUCACUAGAGAGACAUCCAGCGCCGAAGAAUCACCAGAUGCGGAGACUACGACACCCCGGUCUCGUCGUGCUCUGGAUGUUUUGGAUACAAACUCGCCAUCGCCAGUCAAGCUUGAUGUCUCAGCAAACAAAGACAAUAUUCCCCUUGUGGAUGAAGCGCACGAGAAUGAAGUUCCCAAGGUCAUUCUGGAAGAGUCAGCCCCUGCAAGCCCGUCUUUCAGACGAAGCACACGGGCAAAGGUUCACACAGCAAAACCUCCCCAUGUGCGCAACACCAUCUCCCUGCGCAGGGCCAAGGGCAACGAAUUUAUUUUCCUGCAGCGCACUGAGGCCCAAGAGCUGGCAUUGACUACGAAGAAGAACACUCGGCAAAACAUGGGCAACGCCGUGCCUCCCCAGGUUGUUCUUGAGGCCAUGGCCAAGGAGCAGAGCGACAGCACUUUUCCAGUAGAAAAUGAUCGUAAAGCCCGUCACCGUUCUUCCACGCGAAAGAGCGUGACGUGGAACGAAGAACAGCUUGUGGAAUAUGAGGUUGAUAGACAAGACUCAGAGGCCCCUGAGGAGAAGGGCAACAGCAGCGGCGAUGACGUUACAGAAAGCACUCUAUCACGAUCUGCAGCAACACAACCCGAAAAAAAGGCGUCUAGCCAGCGCAGCAGUCGCAGCCAGAUGCAAGAAUCAUCAAGCGAGGAGCCCGAGAGUGCCCCGACCACGACUAAUGCACCUACUACUGCACCCCCGCGAUCGCGACGCGUGCGCCGUCUGGGUGACUCCUCAAUGGUCUCCGGCACACCUGUGAAAACAGGCAGUGGUCGUCUCAGCAAGCCACCCGCUCCUAUGGCCCCCCCGGCGGCAGCUGCAGGCCCCUCAACUCCCACUAAGGCUCGCCGAAAGCUGACUCCCAAGUCACCAAGUUCUUCAAUGCUUACGGCCCCAGUUUCUAAAAUUGCGGGGCCUCCUGACCAGUCUUUUGUCAGUGCUAUUCCCACUCGCAGUACUAGCGCUAGCGAAGGAAACUCUGAGCUCAAGCGGAGUGUAUUCCAGUCUACUGCGGGGUGUACACCUCGCCGGGUUCGAGUGAGAAACUGA